AUGUCCAAGAAAAUUAUCCUCUCCGCAGACGACGACGACACAUCCAAACGGACACAGACAACGGACAGACGCGCGGACGUAACAGUACGGUACUCCAACAUUGCUGUGGCUCACCCCCUCACCACCACAGAGCUACCACCACCCACCAUCAACGGAACCCUGCCCCUGGAGUCUCGGCCCUCGAAGAAUCCCAACCAGGCCCCAUACACUCCAUAUCCAUUACGGUACAACAACAACAACUACUACUACUACUACUACUACAGACCACACACAGCCGCUAGCGGAAUAGUCGUGCAUAGCGUCUACACUGCCUUAGCCCGCGGCUUGGUCCUGGUGGAGUAUCAUCUGUGCAGACCGCUUAGUAGAUACCUCGUCCAGCUCGGAAAGUCUCUCCUAAGCAAGCUGGCUUGGUCCAGGAAGAACAAGCUUCUAAGUCAGCUACACCGUAGCAUGACCUCGAAAUUCUCGUCGUCGUCCGAUCGCGACAGCACAACCACCACCACGGGUGGCGGUCAGCAAGCCGCUGCUCCCUCCUCCUCGUCCGCUCGACAGAGCAGGGACGAGGCGGCGGCUUCCCAUGGCGGCGUUGGUCGUCCCAGGCCUUCUACAGCUACUUCCCGCGAUGGCGGUUUCGCCAGCGACGAGCGGUCGCGGGAUGAUGGAGUGAUCGACUACGUCGACGAAGAAGAAGAAGAACAAGACGACAGCAGAAGUGGAAGUGAUGUCGAAAUCGAGGAUAUCACGGACGCGCCGCAAUCACCACAACCACCAAAUUACUCACGGCCGCGACCACCAAUGUCACCACAAUCACAAAGCAGCAACAACAACUCACCAGCACCAGAAAGACCGGCACCUCCACCACCACCAAAAUCACCAAAAAAGAAGACAUUGCCAGGCGACCCAGCCUACGUAUCACCCAUAGGCAAAAUCGGUCCAAUAGGGAGCAUCCCGAAGAUCUCCUCUUCCCCCAGCAACAGUGAAAAGGGCGGCAUCUCCGUCUCCCCUGGCUCGCGGCCCCAGCUCCCUGCCUUCAUCGGCUCCUACCUCAAAGGCAAGACCGUCGACGAGUAUGGGGACAUCAUCGACCCGCAAACAGGCACGAUCCUCGCGCGCGCCGGAGGCGAUCUGCCUUCGAUUGUGGGGAGGCAGGUAUCCAACAGCCAGGGUGAUAUCUUGGGAGACGAGGGGGAGUUGCUGGGGUAUGUGGAAGAUGUUGAAAUCGGAAAGAAAACAGCUUCUCCUGAAAAGCCGAUGAUGAGUCUUGCGGAAGUCAUGAGCAAAAAUAAGGCGACGCUGAUGGUGGAUCAUGAAGGAAACAUCUUGGAUGCGCAGGGGAACGUGGAGAAAGAGGAGAGGGAGAAGAGGCAGAGGCAGAAGAAACAGAAACAGAAAGUGAUGGGGAAGGGGAAGGGGAAGGCGAGAGAGGAAGAACAAGAAGAAGAUGGGGGGAUACCUGCGCCGCCGCAGUAUGAGGAGGCUGAUGAGGAUAAGGAUGAGGACGAGGAGGAAGGAGAGGGGGGUCCUGAGGAUGAGGAAGAAGAGGAAAAGUCACAGCGGGAACAGCAGUCAAGACCGCCAAGGAGGACGGAAGAAGAGAGGAGAGCAAACGCGGCCGCGUGGAGAAAGGAGAACCCAGGGGAGAGCCCGUCGGAUAUCUUUCUGGAUGUCAAGUCGACGACCGAGGGCAUCCAGUUGACGAUUCGUAUUCCCACUGUGUUUGGCAACAAUGGGCAGCAGUUGAAGCCGAAUAUUUCGUUUUCUUGA